AUCACAAUAACAACGGCAUAAAUACAAAUGCCGUAAAAUGAUCGUGACUUUAUCUCCAUAAACUCAUACACACAUUUACUGACACAGGCCCCGUUCGUAGAAAUGUGUGUAGUAAGAUGAUGAACAAUUUUGAGUUCAAAGUAAAAAAAAGAAGAUUUUCUGUGCAGUGCAAUUAAAAGAGAUGUUUAGAUUCACCCACUAUUUUUGUGGAAACGAUUAAACAGAUUCGAUCGACUGAUAGUUCAUUGGAUUGGACUGUGAACACCAGAACCAAUUUUGUGCAAAAUGAUUGUUGCGCUCUUACUUUAUCCAACAAAUCACUUGAAAUGGAAUAAAAACUGACCACCAAAUGGGAAGAGGGAUGUGUGUGUGUCUGUUAUUUUAAUUCGGUGCUUUAGUCAGUAUUAUCGAUAAAAACAAUGUUGUGACUAUUUUUUUUUUGAUUAUUGUUGUUGUUUUUUCUCUCGUUCUUUAUUGUCUGUGCCAAGUUAAAAGUGUGAUAUUUUAAUUUUCGCUUAGUUUCUCCUUUUUAUUUCUGUUAACUUCAAAUCCAGAACUGUUUAUUUUCCGCACUCAACGACCGAACGCUUACGAUUUCGAUCAGAACGCUGAUUUGUUAAUAUUAUUUUCGUUUGUUAUUCGGAAUAAAUUAAUUUGUUUGAUUGUUGAUUCAUUUAUUAUGCAUUUUUUGAAGUGUUUGUGAUUGAGUGUGCAUGUUGGUUUAUUUGUGUGAUAUAUCGAAGUGUAAGUGAAAUGUAAAUGAGCUGCUGAAUAAAGUGGAAUAAAGAAUUACAUCGAUAAACAGUGUAAAAAUGUAUACGAAGCAAGAUCUAGGGACAUUAUCACGUAAUUUUGUCCGACAAAUGGCCAAACAAUUUGAACAAAUCAGCAGCGUUGAUUCAACGUCAUACAGUAGUGAGCAUGAGGCCAAUUUCAAACAGUGUAACUGGUGGCUCGACACAAUGCCUUCAUUAGCUGUUACAUGUUUCGAUGAUCUGCCAAAUGAUUUGCAGCCACACAGCGAGGACAAUUGUCAUGCACCAUACGAUAUAGCCGGAGAGAGUUCCAUAGAGCAUCUUCAUGCUGUUGAAACAGCCGAAAUUGCCAGUGAAUUCAACAGUGGCAUAUCCGCCUCCGCUGAACUGGAUCACGAUGUUGGCAAUGCAACAUUUUUCCGACACAUUGAUCAAUGUCUUAGCUUUCCACCGCCAAAGUCAUCCGAGCCAAUGGAAGAAACUACCAAAAUUGGCAAUAUUUCAGUUGAGUCAAAAGUUCCGAUCGAACCGUCAGAAGACGAUAACACAAAUGAUGCACUCUAUUCACUGCCAUGCAUUGUCCCACCUGAAUUAAGUGAAGUGAAUACGUGGCCAAAUUCAAUGUCGCACUUAUCGACUUCAUCAAACACAUCGGAUCAGUCAACGACACCAUCCCGAACGUCACAAACAUCGUUCAAUUCAAUGUCAUCCAUAUCGUCUGGCCAAAUUACGAACACUGUGGAAGAGCUGCUCUACAACGAGGAAACGUAUAUUAAGGCCCUAAACCAUGGCAUCGAUGGAUACAUGAGAAAUUUCACUCGAAAAGAGAUGCCACCAAUACUUCGUGGUCAACAGUAUCGUGUCUUCGGUAAUGUUCAUCGCAUCAAAGAUUUUCAUGAGAAUAUCUUUUAUCCGGCACUCAAACAGUGCAACAUGAACAUCGUGAAAAUUUGCAAUACAUUUUGUGAUUUCAUUGAGAAAGACUAUUUCUACAUUUACAUUUUGUAUGCGAUCAAUCAUCAAAAAUCGGAAAAGAUAUGCGUUGAACAUCGUCCCUACUUUAAACAGAUUCAAAAUGAAAUCGGCGAUAAGCUCGGUGUGAAUAGCUUUUUGGUGCAACCGAUUCAACGGCUACCAAAAUAUAAAUUGCUUUUGGGUCAACUAUUUUCGGAACUGGGUAAGCGAUUUGGUGUGCAUGACGAUAGUAUUAAAAAUGAAUUAGGUGCAUGUUGUUUGGCGGAGAAGCGAAUUCAACGUCUUUUGGAUACAGUGAAUGGCUCGAUGAACAUCAAUGAUAUUGUCGAAUGUGAAUUGCAUACACUCUGCCAAGGCAAAUUCAUACUAGUCGAUCGUUUCGAUAUCUGUGAGAAAAGUGAUCUGCGUCGCCGGUACAAAGGCAAAGUAUUUCUAUUUGAAAAGUGCAUCAUUUAUACGGAGCAAUUGAGCAAGAAUAAGCUGUUAUAUCGUGGCCACUUUCGACACAUCACGUUGGGUUUUACAUUCGAGGAUCAACGCAAUUAUUUCCGAUUGUACAAUGAACGUAAAGGAAACCAAGAGAUCGAAUUUUCAUCGGAUGCUCAAACCGUUCAGCUGUGGAUUCAAAUGUUAAACCGAACAAUGACUGUUGUAGUUCAACAAGAGAAACGAAGAAUUAAAGAAAACCGAACGAUGUCCAUUAAAAAUGAAUUGAGCCCAUUGCAAGUGUUGAUCCGUGCGAGCACACCGGGACUGCAAGAUUUGGCUUUAGCCACCAUUCAUGCAGAAAGCACCGAUUCAUCUAGCGGCGAAUCACAAAGAAGUACAGCGGAUUAUACGAAUUCUGAUAUUGUGAGCACAAAAAGCGGCAAGAGUGUCGAUUCGCAAUUGGAAAAGAGAACUACCUGGUACACCAAUUACCACAGUGACGAACAUAGGUUGAUCGAACGGUUCCAAAACGCGGAGAAAUUUUAUAUACAACUACUGAAAACCGCGACGACAACAUACCUCACUGAUUUGCCAGAUGAUCUCCGCGCCAAUUUAGACACAUUUCUGAAAGCAUUUCGACGAAUCAGCAAAUUCCAUACGGACAUAUUCUAUUCAAAGUUGAUUCAGUGCGAAAUGAAGACAAUUACGAUCUGUGAUCUUAUCAAAAAUCAUCUCGACAAUUCUGAAUUCAACGUUUACUUCAAAUACGCGGCAUAUAUUCAUGAGGCUCUCCAAACGAUUCGAUAUUUUCAUCUAAAUUCCGAUAAUAGUAAGAAUCAAGCAAAUGAUGACUGCAGUGAUAUUGAAUCACUACUGUUAAUGCCAAUCAAUCAUAUAGCAAACUAUGCACAAUUCCUUGAAGGCCUUUUAAAUGAGUAUAAAGCUAGAGAUCUGCUUGCAAAUGAUUUCAAGACCAUAGCCGGCGUCGAAAUUGAAAUAAAAAAACUACACAAAUUGGUCACCGAAAAUUAUACACUGAAUUCAAUGAAGGGAUCAUCGUGCCUUGCUCGAAAAUUUGGUAUCAUCACCUAUUCCGAUGAGAUUGCCAUUGAUUUUACCAAAUGCCGCAUUAUGAUCCUCGAAGCGGGAUUAGUUUGCGUAAAAACAAGACUGAGCACGAAAACCAAAAAGGAGAAAUUCGUCGAACAAUUAUUUUCCAUUCCGAUAUUGAACAUUGAAUUGCACGAGAAUGAUGCAUACCCGCGAAAGAUGCGGAUCAUCGCCGACAAUGCCAGCCAUGUAAACUAUACCGUUACAUUUGCCGCAACCCGUAAAAAGAAGCAAUUUAUGGACGCUAUUCGAACACAACGAAAUUCCCCCGGUCAAACCCACUAACCCUUCCGUAUUUUGAAUGAUUUUUUUUUUCAAAUCGAAAAAAAAAACGUACAAUUCGAAUUUAUUCGAAAAACGUAUUUAUUUAAUGGAUAUUUGGGAGAGAGAGGAAUUUUUUUUUCUCUGUAAAUAUAUUUGUUACCGUCAAGUCAUUUUUUAAUGCCAAAACAUUUUGAUAAUUUACAGAGUCAUCACUAUUUUUUUUUUUAAUAGCUCAAUCAAUAGACCUAUCCUAAGCAUUUUACAUAAUUUCUAAGCAAAUGUAAGCCAAAUGUGAAUAUUACACGAUUUUAAAUUAUUUAAA